UUUUCCGGUCGGCGUGGUUCUGGAGCGGAGCGUCUUCCGCGGCGGGACUUCACCAUGAGCGUCCCGGCUUUCAUCGACAUCAGCGAGGAGGACCAGGCUGCUGAGCUUCGUGCUUAUUUGAAAUCGAAAGGCGCUGAGAUCUCAGAAGAGAACUCGAAGGGUGGGCUUCAUGUAGAUUUAGCUCAGAUUAUUGAAGCCUGUGAUGUGUGUCUGAAGGAGGAUGAUAAAGAUGUUGAAAGUGUGAUGAACAGUGUGGUAUCCCUUCUCUUGAUUCUGGAACCAGAUAAGCAAGAAGCAUUGAUAGAAAGCCUGUGUGAAAAGUUGGUCAAGUUUCGGGAAGGUGAACGCCCAUCUCUCAGGCUGCAGUUACUCAGCAACCUUUUCCAUGGGAUGGAUAAGAAUACUCCUGUAAGAUACACCGUGUACUGCAGCCUCAUUAAAGUGGCAGCAUCGUGUGGAGCCAUCCAGUACAUCCCAACUGAGCUGGAUCAAGUGAGAAAGUGGAUUUCUGACUGGAAGCUCACUACUGAAAAGAAACAUACCCUCUUAAGACUACUUUAUGAGGCACUUGUGGAUUGUAAGAAAAGUGAUGCUGCUUCAAAAGUCAUGGUGGAAUUGCUUGGAAGUUACACAGAGGACAAUGCUUCCCAGGCCCGAGUUGAUGCCCACAGGUGUAUUGUACGAGCACUGAAAGAUCCAAAUGCUUUUCUAUUUGACCAUCUUCUUACUUUAAAACCAGUCAAAUUUUUGGAAGGCGAGCUUAUUCAUGAUCUUUUAACCAUUUUUGUGAGUGCUAAAUUGGCAUCAUAUGUCAAGUUUUAUCAGAAUAAUAAAGACUUCAUUGAUUCACUUGGCCUCUUACAUGAACAAAAUAUGGCAAAAAUGAGACUCCUUACGUUUAUGGGAAUGGCAGUGGAAAAUAAAGAAAUUUCUUUUGAUACAAUGCAGCAAGAGCUACAGAUUGGAGCUGAUGACGUUGAAGCAUUUGUUAUUGAUGCUGUAAGAACUAAAAUGGUCUACUGCAAAAUUGAUCAGACCCAGAGAAAAGUAGUUGUCAGUCACAGCACACAUCGGACAUUUGGAAAACAGCAGUGGCAACAACUGUAUGAUACGCUUAAUGCCUGGAAACAAAACCUGAACAAAGUGAAAAAUAGCCUUUUGAGUCUGUCAGAUACCUGAAUUUUUAUGCAUAUGAUUUUGUUCUUUGGGGGGAAAAAGGUCUAAAUCAUAGUAAAACAUUAUAAACUAACA